GCGUGGCGGAUGUCCGGUACGGUGGAGAAGGAGGGCAAGCUGCGCUGGUCGUCGCGCUGGCUGGUGCUGCAGGCCGGGCGCCUGGUGGUGCUGCGGCUGCCGACGUCGGCCGUACCGCUGCACGUCCUCCCCCUCGACGACAACGUCCGCGUCACCGUCGGCAGGGGCGCGCGCGAGGGCUCCUCCUUUACCGUCGUGACGCGCCAGCGCGGACACACGUUCCGCACGGUGGACGCGGACGGCGCGGAGGCGUGGGCGUCGGCGCUGCGCGAGGAGUGCGUGCACCGGUCGGUGCGCCGCUCGGGCGCGGCCAGCGAGGCGUCCGUGUAUGGCCUCGCCCCCACUGUCGAGCCGCGCGCGGAGGGAGGAAGCUUGUGCGACGCGUUUGCGGCGAUGCGGCAGAUCGAGUCCCCACUGGGUGACUGGCCGGGCGAGCGGGAGACGACUGCGUCGGAUGAGACACUCAACGACUUUGAGAUGGCGGUCGGCCGGACCGACGCAGGCGAGGACGGCGCCGCCGCCCAGCGGUGCGCAACCGCGGGCGCGCUGACGGUGAGCACGGGUGGGUCUGCGGGCGAGAGAGCGGAGGAGGCGGUGCUUGCUGGCGCGUGCGGCGAGGCGGGCGGAGGCGGCGGAGGCGGGACGGGCGCGGAGGGCAGCGGGGUGAGCGGCGGCGGCGAUGGCGGAGCCGAGGAGGUGAACGCGCCAGGCGGCGGCGGCGCCUCGGAGGAGCUGCAGGAGAUCCUGCAGGAGGAGCUGCAGGAGAUCCUUCAGGGGUUCGAGGACGGCGACGAGGUGCUGCCGCUCCUGCCGGGGCUCGCGCAGGAGGGCGUGGAGGAGGGCGUGGAGGAGGGCGACGAGGGCGGCGGGCAGGGCGGCGACGAGGCCGCGGGCACGACUUCCUCCGCCGGCCGCUCCGCCGCCGCCGCUGUCCCCGCUGUCCCCGCCGCACCAAACGCGCUCGGGUUGCUUCUCGCCGCGCGCGCCGCCUUUCAGCACAGCGUCUUGCGGGCCGCCGCCCCGCCUCCGCCCAAGUCGCCGGCCGCCCCGCUCAGCGUGAAGCAGCACCAGCUCGCGAGCGCCGUCAGCGAGACUGUCGCCGAGCUCUCCGGUUUCCCGCGCCGCGCCUCGGCGCUGCCGCCCCACGUGCUGACCCGUGUCUCGGAGCUGGGCGCGCUCUCGGCGGUGCUGCCGCUCCCAAAGAGCCUGGGCUCGCUCGUGGAGGAGGCGACGGAGUGGGAGCUCUCCAAGGGGCGCGGCGCCGUCGGCAACGCCAAGCACGCACGCGCGUCGACGGGCGUCACGGGCGCGCUGCGCACGCUCGUGUCCAAGGAGAAGCGCCGUUUCGCGCAGGACGGGUUCAACCUCGACCUGUCGUACAUCACGCCGCGCGUCAUCGCGAUGGGGUUCCCCUCCGAGGGCACGGAGGCCGCCUACCGCAACCCGAUGUCCCAGGUGGUCUCGUUCCUCGAGCGGCGCCACCGCGAGCACUACUUGGUCUACAACCUCUGCUCGGAGCGCUCCUACGACCCGAAGCACUUUGGCAACCGCGUCAAGAUCUUCCCGUUUGACGACCACAACCCGCCGCCGCUGCGCAUGAUGCCGCAGCUCUGCGCGAGCGUCGCCGCGUGGCACGACGAGCACCCCGACAACGUCGCCGUGGUCCACUGCAAGGCGGGCAAGGGGCGGACCGGCACCAUGAUCUCCGCGGCGCUGCUGCACCGCGGCGACUUUCGGUCGGCGGACGACGCGCUCGCCUUCUACGGCUUCGCGAGGACAAACAACUGCGAGGGCGUCACCAUCGCGUCACAGCGGCUGUACGUGCACUACUACGCGCGCCUCUGCCGCGAGCCCGCCGCGUGCGAGCGGCUCCUGGACCGGCAGGCCGCCUGCCGGCUGGUGCGGGUGCGCCUCGUCACGCUGCCGAUCGGCGUCUCGGAGAAGCGGCCAGCCCUCUGCAUCAAGGUUACCCAGCACGUCCCAAAGACGGCGGCGUGGAGGAGCGAGGCGGGGGCGGUGGGGUGGGUGCCCGCGAGCGAGCUCGCCCUCGCCGACGGCGACAGCGAGGGGCCGCCGCCGCCGCCAAAGUGGCGCAGCUCCGACGCGCCGAUGGCACCCCUCGUCUUCAGCUCGGCGGGCAAGCUGAUUGGCACGCGGCCUGACGUCCCGGUGGUCGACGUAAACACAAAGUCGUGCCCGCUGCUGCUGUCUUCCGACGUGCGGGUGGAGGUGUCCCACCGCGCGAGCGGCCAGAUGCACGACGACAAGCUCUUCUCCUUCUGGUUCAACGCCGCCAUGCUGAGCAAGCCGCGGCUCGUGCUGUCCAAGUGGCAGCUGGACGGCGGCGCGGGCAAGGACGCGCACCACAAGCGGUACAACCCGCACUUUCGCGUCGAGCUCGACUUUGCGCCCGCGCGCUUGCUGGAUCGGAUGUUCGCUCAACCAACGUGACCUCGGCGUGGGCGGGGCGGAGGCGCGCGACCCGUGGGCGGACGCGAGGAGGUGGGAGAGAGAGACGAGAGCGCAGUACGUGAAAAAGGGGAGCGUGACUCUCCGGCGGUUCGUUGCAUGCGAUGUGUACCAUAUACUGUGUUAUCGCGACCGGGGCAAUCAUGGUUAAUGCUUCACGCGUUAUGUUCUGUUGUGCCUCUU